UCAAAGCGAAACUGAAAGUGAAAGUAUUUCAAACUCAAUCGCAAUUUUAAAGACGGGCGAGAAAGAAGAGGGAGUACAAGAAUUAAUAAAACUGUAAAACUGAGUAACAUAAUUGAGUAAGUAGCCUGUUGUGUAGCGGGAUACAGGGAAUCGAAGCAGUUUGGUGAAUUUAGCAGAGAACCCACUUGUGGUCUAAACAGGUCUGAUGUGUUCCAGUCUCCUGAGAUUGAGGGUACUGUUUCUAAAAUGAGUUUCUCAGAGGAUCCAGAGGCCAAAGAUGGAACCCCCAGCACUCACAGAAAAAGUGUCCAGGCAGAAAGAGCGGGGUCACCUGUACCCAGUUGUCUGUCUAUGAGGAGUGAACGGUCAAUGGAGAACCCAUUGUACUUCAGAGGACAGUUCCCAUGUGAUCCAAGUGUCCAGGCAGAAAGAACGGGGUCACCUGUACCCAGUUGUCUGUCUAUGAGGAGUGAACGGUCAAUGGAGAACCCAUUGUACUUCAGAGGACAGUUCCCAGGUGAUCCAAGUGUCCAGGCAGAAAGAACGGGGUCACCUGUACCCAGUUGUCUGUCUAUGAGGAGUGAACGGUCAAUGGAGAACCCAUUGUACUUCAGAGGACAGUUCCCAGGUGAUCCAAGGAUCCAGCGGCCAAUGGAGUCCAGCCAUUUAGAAGAGAACGGUUCAGAGAAAUUAUCUUUCCCAAAACAGUCUCUCCUGUGCACCCUCAUGAAGCUGAAGACUGAAAAGUUGCUACUGUUCCAGAGCCAUCUGAGUCAGGAUUGCCCAGAAUGCUUCAAGAGUCUGUCUGAUGAUCCUUCUGUACUGGAUAAGUUUAUGAAGAUGAAGAAAUUGUUCAGCAGUCAAAUUUGUGAGCGAGAGUGGGAGGAACCUGAGGCCCUGUGCUUUGUUGAGAAGAUGCUAGAGGCCUGUGGCAGCGAGAGGUCUCUGGAGAUCACACUCCACAUCCUGAGGAACAUGAAGCAGAAUGAUCUCACUCACUCACUGGAGAGAGAUGAGCAGCACAAUGGAUCCAUAAAAAGAGCCCAGCAGGCACUGAAAACUGAUCUGAAGAAGACAUUUGAAUGCAUGUUUGAAGGUUUAGCAAAGCAGGGCCACCCAACCCUCCUGAAUGAGAUCUAUACAGAGCUCUACGUCACAGAGGGGGGAAGUGGGGGGGUCAAUAAUGAACAUGAGGUCAGACAGAUUGAGACAGCAUCCAAGAGACAAACCACACAGGAGACGGCAGUCCUCUGCAAUGACAUCUUUAAGCCAUUACCUGGCCAAAAGAAACCCAUUAGAACUGUCCUUACAAAGGGAAUCGCUGGCAUUGGGAAAACUGUCUCUGUGCAGAAAUUCAUUCUGGAUUGGGCAGAAGGAAAAGCCAAUCAGGAUGUUGAUUUCAUUUUCACUCUUCCUUUUCGAGAUCUGAAUUUGAAGAAGGAAAGAGAAUACAGUCUGAUGCAGCUUCUGCAGCACUACUUUCCACAACUGAAAGAGAUCAAAGGUAUUGAAGGUGAUGAAGUCAAAGUGGUGUUUAUUUUUGAUGGUCUGGAUGAGUGUCGACUUCCUCUAAAUUUUCAAGGCAAUCCGAUCUGCUGUGAUAUAACAGAGUCAUCAUCAGUGGAUGUGCUGCUGACAAACCUCAUUCAGGGGAAUCUGCUUCCCUCUGUUCUUCUCUGGAUCACCUCCCGACCAGCAGCAGCCAAUCAGAUCCCUCCUGAGUAUGUCCACCAGGUGACAGAGAUACGAGGGUUCAAUGACCCACAGAAGGAGGAGUACUUCAGAAAGAAAAUCAGAGAUAGGAACCAGGCUAGCAGAAUUAUCUCACACAUAAAGUCAGCCAGGAGUCUCUACAUCAUGUGUCACAUACCAGUCUUCUGCUGGAUUUCUGCUACUGUUCUGGAGACAAUGUUGGGUACAGUAGAGAGUGCAGGACUGCCGAAAACUCUGACUGAAAUGUACACACACUUCCUGCUCAUUCAGACAAAUGUAAAGAAUCAGAAGUAUCAUGGCACCAAGACAAACCCUAAGGAAAUGUCAGCAUCAGAUACAGAAAUCAUCCUGAAACUGGGGCAGCUGGCUUUUCUACAGCUGGAAAAGGGAAAUCUGAUAUUCUACGAGGAGGACCUGAGAGAGAGUGGCAUCGAUGUCAGUGAAGCUUCAGUAUACUCUGGCGUGUGCACAGAGAUCUUUAAAGAGGAGUGUGGGUGGGAUCAGGAGAAGGUCUACUGCUUUGUGCACCUGAGCAUUCAGGAGUAUCUGGCCGCCCUGUUUGUGCUUCAUUCAUGUAUAAACGAGAACAGAAAUGUACUCAGAGAAGAAUCAAAACUUGACAGUGACAGAGUGCAGCUGUCUGAGUUACAUAGGAGUGCAGUGGAUCAGGCCUUAAUGAGUAAGAAUGGACACCUGGACCUUUUCCUCCGAUUCCUUCUUGGCCUCUCCCUGGAAUCUGUCGAGACUCUCUUAGGACUACGGAUACAGGCAGGAGGCAGAUCACCUGGACUUGACCCACUGACACAGACAGAAAACAGAUCGGAGGGCAUUGUCCAGUACAUUAAGUUGAAGAUCAAAGAGGAAUCUUCAGCAGAGAGGACUAUCAAUCUGUUUCACUGUCUCAAUGAACUGAAUGACAACUCUCUAGUGGAAGAAAUCCAGAAUUCCCUGAGAUCAGGAAAACUUUCUGAGCUGGAACCACACCAAUGUUCAGCUCUGGCCUUUGUGUUACUGAUGUCAGAGGAGGUCCUGGAUGAGUUUGACUUGAAGACCUACAACACAACAGCAGUAGGCCAUCAAAGACUGGUGACAGUAGUCAGGAACUGCAGGAAGGCCAUACUGAACAGCUGUGAUCUCACAGAGAAGUCCUGUGAUAUUGUAGCCUCAGCUCUCCAAUCAUCAAAUUCACCCCUGAGAGAUCUGGAUCUCAGCUACAAUAACCUGGGAGAUUCAGGAGUGAAGCUGCUCUGUGCUGGACUGAUGAGUCCAAACUGUAAACUACAGAGACUGGGCCUGAACAGCUGUGAUCUCACAGAGACGUCCUGUGAUAUUAUGGCCUCAGCUCUCCAGUCAUCAAACUCCCCCUUCAGAGAUCUGGACCUCAGCUACAAUAACCUGGGAGAUUCAGGAGUGGAGCUGCUCUGUGCUGGACUAAUGAGUCCAAACUGUAAACUACACAGACUGGGGCUGGGUUGGUGUAAUCUCACAGAGGGCUGCUGUGAUGUGCUGGCCUCAGUCCUGCGUUCUCCUCACUCAGACCUGAGGGAUCUGGAGCUCAGAGACAACGAACUGCAGGAUUCAGGAGUAACAGCACUCUCUGCUGGACUGGAGGACCCACACUGUGAACUGCAGAGACUGGGGCUGUCAGGAUGUAGAGUCACACAGAGAGGCUGUGAUUCCCUGGCUUCAGGUCUGCGUUCAAACCCCUCACACCUGAGAGAGCUGGACCUCAGCUACAAUCACCCAGGAGACUCAGGAGUGAGAGCGCUGUCUGCUGCUAAACUCGACACACUCACACUGCUUAUGGACUACGAAGGAGAGAACAGGACCAAACCAGGACCCAGGAAAUAUGGCUGUCAGCUCACACUGGAUCCAAACACAGCGCACAGAGAGCUGUCUCUGUCCGAGCGGAACAGGAAGGUGACACACACACCGGAGGGAGAGGACCCGUAUCCUGAUCAUCCAGAGAGAUUUGAAGUCUGGCAGCAGGUUAUGUGCAGAAAGAGUGUGUGUGAGCGCUGUUACUGGGAGGCUGAGUUCAGUGUGUCUGAGUGGGGAAGGGUUUAUGUAACAGUGGCAUAUAAAAGAAUCAGCAGAAAAGGAGAAGGUUUUGACUGUUGGUUUGGCCAAAAUGAAAACUCCUGGAGUCUGCAGUGCUAUAAACAUAGUUACUCUGAUAAUCUCAGUUACUCUGUCAGACACAAUAAUAGCCCAACACACAUAUCUGUACCCCCCUCCCCCUACCGCGUGUGUGAUGAUGAUGAUGGUAGAGGAGUGUGUGUGUACAGGGUAGGAGUGUGUGUGGACCGUCCAGCCGGCACUCUGUCCUUCUAUAGCGUCUCUGAACCUCACACACUGACCCUUCUGCACAGAUUCCAGACACACUUCAUUGAGCAGACACCCCUAUGUGCUGGAUUUUAUGUGUAUGACUCCACAGUGUCUCUCUGCCAACUGCAGUAGAGACACAAACAUUCGCACAAAUACACUUACUGGCCACCUUAUUAGGUACACCAAUCUAGUAUCAGGUAGGACCCCCUUUUGCCUUCAGAAUUGUGGAAACCAAAAGUUGCGACAGUAAUAUAAUAAUCUACAAUUGGUUUGAGGUGUUUUUGUCAAAUAUUGGCAAAGUCAUUGAACAAAGCAGAAUUAACUGUAUUUUAAAUUGAUUUCUUGAGUUCUAAUGAUGUCUUUCAUGAAUUUUAAUAAAUUACAUUAAUAUAAUAAUCUACAAUUAUCCUGAAUUCUUCGUGGCAUGGAUUCGACAAGCUCCUGAAAACAUUCCUUAGGAAUGUUGGUUCAUGCUGACUUGAGAGCAUCAUUCGGUUUCUGCAGAUUUUUCAGCCGCACACUCAUUUGCAAACCACCCAUUUCACAUCAUCCCAAAGGUGCUCUGUUGGAUUGAGAUGUGUGGACUGUGCAGGCCAUUGAAGUAAACCGAAGUCACUGUCAAGUUUGCGGAACCACCUUGAGGUGAUGUACGCUUUGUGACAAGGCAUAUUAUCCUGCUGGAAGUGUCCAUUUGAAAAAGGAUAGUCUGUGGUCAUAAAGGGGUGCACGGUGCCAGCAACAAUGUUUAGAUAUGAUGCUGCAUUCAAAUGAUGCUCAGUUGGUAUUAAGGGGCCUAAUCUGUGCCAAAAAAACGCUACCCACACCGCAAGCCUGCACAGUUGACACAAGGCAGGAUAGACCAAUGGAUUCAUGCUGUUUGUGCCAAAUUCUGACCGUACCAUUUGCUGUCGUCCAAUAAGGGCGAAACUAAACUAAACGAAACUAAAAUCAUAACUGCGCUCUCGGUGUUAGCUCCCGGUCUCGGCCCCGAGCUGUGGAGAGCAGCAACGCCUUUAAGCACCUGGGCUGAUUAGCCAACGCAGCCCAGGUGCGUGUGCUCUCUCCACCAGCCGUCACAGGAACACACAGGAAUCAAAAUCAUUCCACACGGCACCCUGUUGCAAGCUGGUCAUCUUUUCAACUGACAGUAAGUGAACCACACCAUGCCACGCCCAGACCCUCUAUUACCCGUUUAGCAGUAGUCUAGGUAACAUUUGGUGAUCUUCUAUUUUGAAUGGUUUGACAGUUUUAAAAAAAAUAAAAGAUUUUUGAUUAUUUAAUUUAACCGCCGACGUGCAUACUCGCGACUGACAAUGGACGAAUCAAUAAAUUGUUCUCAUCCCAGCAAUGAGAACAACUGAAGAACAAAAGACGCGGUGUUGUGUGUUGGUACGGUAGAGUGUGUGACGGCCUCCAGGGAGAACUUUUUGAAAACUUCUUUCUUAUUCUCCGACCUCCCCCUCUCAGCUAUUGGUCCAAAUAUCACAUGGUUGGUUACGUCACGGUUGAGAGUUCAGAGGGCAGACUUCACAUGCUAAUGUACGGAGAAUCAACGCCAAUCUCUCUUCUGUAGAGAUGGGAAUUCAGUGAGCUCCUGCAUGUUUGAUGAAUGGUGCUACUCGUUUCAGCAAGUCAUCAAAACGCCUAGCACACAUUCAGAAAUAAGAGAAAGUGGACCCCCUCGUCUAAACUCCGCAUUUGCCGAAUGUACAGACAGCCUUUUUUUCUUCUUUUGCAUAGCUAGAUAAACUAAAGCCACUUUAAACACUUUAAACUUUUUGUUUUGUGUUGUGAUCUCGCGUAGCCCUUCUCUUUAUACAUCCAUGGCGUAGCCGCGAGACGGAGGUCUGGGCUAGAUUCCAGCCCUGGUUAUUAGCUGCCUCGUAAUUAUUCAUAAUUAUUCACGCCCCAGCGGCGUGGAGUGACUUUAAACAGUGAGGUGUUCUCACUGAGUAUACCUGCAACAGGGUUUGUGGACAUGUUCGCCGGUGGUUCUCAAUCCUGAAGUUCUUUCUUCUUACUGAGUAUACUGCCAGCUUUAGGGGGCCACACACCAAGGGUGCGUAGGACCCCUGUUGUUUUGCUAGGAUUAUUAGAGGGUCAUACACCAAGGGUGCAUAGGACCUGUAUUGCUUUUGUGAAGACGCAACUGUGGUAUGCAGGCUACUAAAUUGUUGCAAACUUUGUCUAUAUUUUUCCAGACAUUUCAGAAAGAUACAAAUAGCACUCAAUGCUCUGCGGUUCACCCUUGGUGCUUGGCCCCCCACAUCGCUGCUUGCAGCUAUAUUUACUUUAAUAUAAUGUUUGUGUACUUUUCAUGAUUGAAAACAUGAAUGUAACAUUUUAAGAGUUUGAUACUGGCAAAAGACGGCGCGGUUCAAUACUUACGAUGUAAUAAUUCUGUCUUUUGUAUCUUUGCAUAAAAUACAUUUUUACAGUUUGUACAGUUGGUUUGAUUCAUUUUUCACUAGAGAAAUGCAAAAUUAUCACUGCUGUGUACUUAUUUCCUUUCAUUACUGUAAACAAUAAUGGAUUGAGUUUCCUCAUUUAAUGUGUCAUUUAUUUUUAUUAACCCUUUGCCACAUUGUUCUGUAUUUACAGUGAAUAAACCUUAAUUAUAAAAAUAUAGAA